AUGAGAGAAAUAAUUACAAUUUAAGUCGGGUAGGGAGGAAUAUAAGUUGGAAAUGCGUGUUGGGAACUAUUUUGCUUGGAACAUUAGAUUUAGCCUAAUGGAUAGAUGAUCAAUCAACAAGUUAUAGAAAAAGAUGACGCAUUAAGAACAUUUUUUUCAGAAUCUGAUCAUUAGAAACUAGUUCCAAGAUCUGUGUUAUUAGACUUAGAGCCUACCUUAAUAAAUUAAGUGAAAACUGGUAAAUUUAAGGAAAUGUUUAAACCAGAAUAAUUUGUAAGUGGAAAAGGAGGUGCUGCUCAUAAUUUUGGAAGAGGCCAUUAUUCGAUUGGCAGAGAAUAUAUUGAUAUAUGUUUGGAGAGAAUCAGAAAAAUAGUUGAUAAUUGUUCUUCGUUUUAAGGAUUUAUGAUGCUUAAUUCAGUAGGGGGAGGGACUGGCUCGGGUUUAGGAACAUUGUUAUUAGAAAAAUUAUCAGUUGAUUAUUGUAAAAAAUCCAGAUUGAGCAUUACUAUUUAUCCAUCCCCUGAAACUUCUGAGGCUAUGGUUGAACCUUACAAUUCAAUUUUUGCAACUUCAUCUUUAUUAGAACAUUCUGAAGUUUGUAUCGCUAUGGAUAAUUAAGCUCUUUAUGAUAUUUGUAAGAAUGGACUUGGUGUUGAAACACCAAAAUAUUCUAAUUUGAAUAGGAUAAUAGCCCAAGCGAUCUCAUCAAUAACAGCCUCAAUAAGAUUUGAUGGAGCCCUAUUUACUGACAUAACUGAAAUUUAAACAAGUUUGAUUCCCUAUCCAAAAUUAUAAUUUUUGAUUUGCUCUUAGGCUCCUAUUACAUCUCAUUAAAUAAUGGAUAACGAGAAGCUUUCAACUUUUGAAAUUACAAAACUUGCUUUUGAGGCAGAAAAUAUGAUGGCAAAAUGCGAUCCAAGGUAGGGGAAGUUUCUAUCAUGCUCUCUAAUAUAUAGAGGAGAUAUCAUUCCUAAAGAUAUAUGCUAUUCGAUUUCCUAAAUAAAAACUCAAAAAACCAUUAGAUUUGUUGAUUGGUGUCCAACUGGCUUUAGGGUAGGAAUAAACUACCAAGCUUAAUAAGCCUUGCCUGAGGAUGACUUAUGUAAAUCUUCAAGAUCUGCAUGUAUGAUUGCAAAUACAACUGCUUUGUCUCAAAUCUUUUCAAAAUUAAGCCAAAAAUAUGAUUUAAUGUUUGCAAAAAGAGCUUUUGUGCACUGGUAUGUACAAGAAGGUAUGGAGGAAGCAUAAUUCUUCGAAGCAAGAGAAGCAUUAGCAGGUUUGUAAAAGGAUUAUGAAGAAGUAGAUUAAAAUAUAAUUGAAGAAGAUGAAGGAGCAUGA